ACCAUCUUCUUCAGCAUCUCCACGUCCCUGUGGGCAGUGCUGUUCCUGGAGCUCUGGAAGCGGACCAACGCGGCCCUGGCUCAUCACCGGGACUGCUCCGAGUUCCAGGACAUUGAGGUGGGUUUGCAGCCAUGGCCCCAGUGUGCGGCCACACCUCCCAUGACAAUGACAAACCCCGUAAUGGUGAAGGAGCCGUAUUUCCCCAGGCGCAGCCGCCUCCAUCACGAUUCGGCUGGGUCAGGGGUCCUUAUAACGACGAUUGCCGUGCUUGUGAUGUUUGUGGUCUCCGUUAUCCUGCACCAGGCAGUGGUCACCAUCCUGCUCUCCAGCUUGGGGAACUUCUGAUGAGGACUCGCGUGCUGGGCAUCCUGCGUCGCCAGCAUCAGCAGCUCGGUGGUGAACCUCAUCUUCAUCCUCAUCCUCUCCAAGAUCUAUAUUUCCCUGGCUCAUGACCUCACCAAGUGGGAGAUGCACAGCACCCAGACCAAGCAUGAGGACACCUUCACCUCCAAAGUGUCCAUCCUCCAGUUUGUCACCUUCUACUGCUCUCCCAUUAACAUUGCCUUCUCCAAGGGUAGGUUCAUUGGCUACUCCAGGAACUUUCUGGGCAUCCGCAACAAGGAGUGCAGCCCAGGUGGGUGCUCCAUCGGUGAUGGACCCCAGCUGCUGGUGUUUGAGGGGCUGUUUGAUGAGUACCUGGAGAUGGUCCUGCAGUUUGGCUUCAUCACCACCUUUGUGGCAGCCUGUCCCCUGGCACCCCUCUUCACCCUGCUCAACAGCCGGGUGGAGAUCCGCUGGGAUGCCCACAGGUCUGGCUGUGACUACCAGCAGCCGGUGGCCGAGCGAGCGCAGGGGUUUGGCACCUGGUUCCGCAUCCUGGAGGCCAUCGCUCACCCGGCCCUCAUCAGCAGGGAAGGGGCUGCGAGUGCCGUCUUCCUCAUCACCUUCACCUCCCAUUUCCUAUCCCACAUGUACUACGAGCACGUCCACGACAGCUGCCAGACCCUGCGGAGUGGCCCAGGGAACGGUGCCAGGCACGUGGUUUUCUUUACCGGAUGUGUGAUUGCGUGGCUGGUACCUGACAUUCCUGAGUCCGUGGAGGUCAAGGUGAAGCGUGACCAGUACUUGGCCAAGGAGGCCCUGGCAGGGCA